GGAACCAUAACGGCACUCAUAAUGCAACUAGUACUAAAAGUUGGUUGCACAUAAAAACAAAGAAAAUGAACUCAACUUUUUUUUUUCUUCUCUUUCUUCUACAAUAGUACUAUACAACCUACAAAUACCCUUUCACAUUACAGCUACUACUCGAAAAAUCAAACAUUGCUUUCUUUCCAAUCUCGCAAAUGGGUUUCCUCACUCCAACACAAACUCUCUCAUUUCUCAUUCUUCUUAAUCUUUCAUCAAUCGUUUCCACCGCGGAUAACACCAACGUUGUCUACAAAGGUUGUUCCCCGCAAAAACUACAGCAACAAUCUUCCCAGAAUCUACAAUCACUCUUAUCUUCUCUCGUAUCAGCUUCUGCACAGAAAACAUUCGCCGCCACAACCACCGGCGACGUCUCCGGCGCUUACCAAUGCAGAGGCGACCUCUCAACAUCCGACUGUUAUCUCUGUGUCAGCAAGAUUCCAAGCAAGAUAAGCAAGCUCUGCGGCGAUGUCGCGGCGGUGAGAAUUCAGCUCAGCGGAUGUUACUUAAGGUACGAGGUUGUCGGGUUUAAGCAAGUUCCUAUGAGUCAGUUUCUGUACAAGGUUUGUGGUUCGAGGAAAGUGGAUGACAGUGUUGGGUUUGAGGCGAAGAGGGACUCUGCAUUUGGAAUGGUGGAGAAUGGUGUGAAGAGUGGUGGGAGUCUGUUCUAUACAGGGAGUUAUAUGUCUUUGUAUGUUUUGGGACAGUGUGAGGGUAGUUUGGGAAAUAAUGAUUGUAGCGAUUGUGUUAAGACUGCAGAAGAACAGGCUAAAUUGGAGUGUGGCGAUUCGACUUCUGCUCAGAUUUAUCUCUUUAGUUGCUUUAUCAGUUAUAGCUUUUACCCCAACGGGGUUUCCGGUUCUCCUUCCUCUUCCGGAUCAGGAGGGAAUCCACACACAGAAAGGACAGUGGCUCUUGCAGUGGGAGGAGUAGCAGGAUUUGGAUUCUUGAUUGUUUGUUUGAUGUUUCUAAAGUCAGUAUUGAAGAAAAGAGGUGGGAAGCAUUGAGGUUGAAUUGGGUUGUAUUGUAUAUACCUUAUGAUUCAUAUUCCUAGAUCUAAUUUUAGAAUCUUAUUAGAUAUAAAGAAAAUACCUGAAGGAGCCUUUGUAUUGUUCUGGUUAUAGGAAUUAAAAAGGGAAUUCUUAGGAUGUUAGUACUGAAUCUGAUUUGUGGUAUGAAUGAAUGGAGAGGAAAGUGUAAGACAUAAGUUUUUUUGGGAUAUGUGUGGUAGAUCUUUUGUCCCCACUCUAUGACUUUA